AUGAGAAUUGAAACGCUGAGCCUUGAUUUAUUAGACGAAAGACAUUCGCCCUUUUUAUUGUAUUGUGAUAAAGUACGAGGGUCCAAAAUGACGACCCAAGUGCAAGCAUUAUAUGACUUCGCAGGUGAGCCGGGCACCACUGAAAUGUCCAUAACCUGUGGAGAGAUAUUAACAUUGAUAAACACAGAGAUCGGUGAGGGGUGGUGGGAGGGAAGGAAUGCUAAAGGUGAGACAGGCCUAUUCCCUGCUGCAUAUGUGAGGAAACUGACACCGGAAGAAUCAACUCCUACAAUGGCUAAAAUAGCUCCCGCUGCACCCAGGUACGAUCAAGCAGCAGAUGAAUGGGGAGAACAACAAUAUAGUGCAGGCGAUAACAAUUAUCAAAGAGGAGCAUCUCAUGAAGACGGGUGGGACGAUGAUUGGGAUGAUGAUACAUAUUCAGAAAUAGGUCCAGCCUCUCAACAAAAUAAAGCACAAUACAACCAACAACCUCUAGCACCGUUGCCAGGCAUGCCUAUUAAUGAUUACAAUCAACAUAUAGAUGACACUGCAUCUACAUUCUCCUCAGUUGGUACAGUUAGGAAAAGUAAAUUUGCUCCCUCUUCAAAAGUUAGCGGUGAAAGCUAUCUUCUUGGAACUUUAAAUGUAGAGGUGUCAGAUACUGAAAAAGUUUAUAUAAUUCAAGAUGAGGAUGGCUAUGCCUGGUCUCCAAUAUCACAACCGUAUCACGUUACAGUGGCAUCACCAAAAAAAGAAUCCAAGUUCAAAGGAAUUAAAAGCUUUAUUGCAUAUCAGUUAACACCUUCAUUUAAUAAUAUCCAAGUCUCUAGAAGGUAUAAACACUUUGAUUGGUUACAUGAAAGGUUGCAAGAGAAGUUUACAUUAAUACCAAUUCCACCAUUACCUGACAAGCAAAUAUCGGGACGUUACGAUGAGCAAUUAAUCGAGCGUCGAAGAGUUCAGCUUCAGGAGUUUGUGGAUUGGAUGUGCAAGCACCCAGUUCUGUCCAAGAGUGAAGUGUGGCAACACUUUUUGACUUGCACAGACGAAAAACGUUGGAAAGCUGGAAAACGACAGGCAGAAAGGGAUAACCUGUUGGGCUUAAAUUAUUGUGUAUCUUUAGUUGUACCUGAGAAAGCUUUAUUGCAAUCGCAAGUGGAUCACAUCACAGAACAAUGCAAUACGUUUCUCGGCAGCAUGGAUUCCUCCGUAAAGUCACUUACAAAUAUGUGUAUCGCACAAACUAAGAGAUUCCAGGGUCCAUACAAAAGUGAUUGUCAAAAAAUAGGAGAAGCCUUUUAUAAUUUAGGGAAUGCCCUCAGCUUAGACGAAGGAACUAUAGUGUCCACAUCGAAACUUACAUCCGCCAUAAAGAUGACCGGAGGUGCUUACAUCGAAAUAGGUCGGAUGUACGAGGAACAACCUAAGUAUGAUUUCGAGCCUCUAGGAGAUAAAUUUCACUUAUACAAGGGCAUAGUCGGCUCGUUUCCCGACUGCCUCGCCAAUCACAAGGCCGCCGUGCAGAAGAAACGGGAGUGUGAGAGGUUGACAGCCGAGCAUAAAAUGGAAGUGGCGCAGCUAAACGAGGUCUUGCGCAGGACUGACGUCAUUUCGUAUGCCCUUCUUGCCGAAAUUAGUCACUUCAAGAGUGAGAGAACAGUCGACUUGAAAGCGACUAUGCAGAAAUUUUUAAAGCAACAAAUCACAUUUUACAAAAAAGUAGUCGAUAAACUAGAGGCAACCCUGCACCAGUACGACGAGUAG